AUGUUGCUGUUGGCUUACUUAGUGCCAAAGCUCUCUUCAGUCGUUGGCUCGUUGACUCUGUUCUUCUGUUCUUGGAUGGAAGGAUCAUAUCCAUCUUUAGACUGGAGGGCCAGCAUGUCAAUUUUUCUUGAAGUCUUGAAAUGCCUUCUUUGUUGUGAAGAUGAGCAUGAGAAUUAUCAUGGUUCUUAUAAUCAAAUUCCCAGACAAACCAGUUUCCAUCAUGAAGAUUAUGAAUAUCAAACUCCCCAUAGAAACUACUCGCCACCCCUGACUUCUACUAAUCAAUCUCCAGCCUCCUAUAACUAUAAACCCCCAUCACCUCCAUCUCAAGCACCUAAAUCUCCUUUUAGUGCUUCUUCAUCAUCCCCUAAGCCUCCAACAUCUUCAUCGAAACCACGGCAAUCAUCUUCUCCAUCUCCUAAUUUCCCAACAUCUUUAUCUAAAACACAGCCAUCUUCUUCUUGCAAUACAUAUUCAACAUUCUCUGAGCCCCCAUCAUCUUCAUCUAAGCUGCCUCAAUCAACUUUUGUUAAUUCAUCUUCAUCUAAACUGUCUACAUCCUCCUCUAAACCACCUCAAGCUUCAUCAAAAUCACAUUCAUCAUCACCAAAUCCUCCAACAUCUCCAAAACCAUCUCCAUCCUCGGGACCGCCUGUGCCUUCCACUGAGUUCCCUCCAAUCUUUAAGCAAGUUCUAUCCCCAGCAUCCUCAAAUGUAAUAAACGAAAAGGGGGAGAAAAAUUAUGUAUGUGUUGAUAUUGUGCCUAUAUUCACGAUUCCUGAGGAUAUCAAAGAUUUGAUCAAGAAUGACAUUGUGCCUAAAGUUCUUAAACAGCCUCUGUCUCCCACGACAUAUAAGGAUUACUUUGCUGCUCUGUUAUAUGCUGAAGAGUUCUACCAUGAGAAAUGGGCUGAUUUCAAUAUGAAGAAUGUGACACUGAAGUUGCAUGAAGCAGCAGUUUAUAAAAAUAAAGACAAGGAAGAGAAAACCUUCGUAGAAUUUAUGAUUGAUUCUGUUCCUGAAAAUCGGCCUUUCCUUUUGUCGAGGGACUUAGUCCAUGUACGGCCAUCAGGUACAAAUGCUGAGCAGUUUCAGGGUAUUAUACAUCGCAUUAUUAGGAGCAAUCUUGUAUUAGUGGAAUUUGAAGAUGAAUUUUAUGAUUAUCAUUAUUCGACCCAAAAAUAUGAUGUCAGCUUCUCAUUCAAUCGAGUAUGUUUGAAAAGAGCUCACCAAGCAGUUCAAACAGCAUCGGAUACUUUGUUUCAGAACUUCCUCUUUCCCGAUUGUGUUUCCCGUACGAGCAUUCCCACUGCACCAGCGCUGCUGUCUGGCCGUCACAAACUUGAUGCCAAACAAUUAUCUGCUGUUCGUCAAAUUUUAAGCAUUCAGGGCUCACCACCUUACUUGGUGGCUGGCCAGCUUUGUGUUGAAAGGAACGUUUUUAGGCCGUCGAGAACUGGAGCGGUUGUUUGUGAAGCAGUGCACCAGUUAUGUCAAACCUCACUCAAAAAUAGGAUUCUGAUAUGUGCUCCUAGUAACCGCUGUUGUGAUGGGAUUAUGAGAAGCUUGUUGGAAGUGAUUCCAGAGUCAGAUAUGUUUCGAGCCAACGCUGCAUUCCGUGAGAAAGAUGAGGUGCCUGAUGACAUCCUCCCAUCAUGCCUUUACGAAGACCCUUAUUUCUCUUGUCCUCCAACUGAGAAGCUUAAAAAAUUCAGGGUGAUUUUCUCAACUCUCAUGAGUAGCUUUCGGCUACAUGAUAAAGGCCUAACUUCUGGACAUUUUAGUCAUAUUUUUCUGGUGGAUGCUUCAUCUGCCAUUGAGCCGGAAACAGCAGUGGCCUUAACUAAUUUUGCAGAAAAAAGUACUACUGUUAUAGUCACUGGUCAACCAGGAGAUAAUUCACGUUGGGUUCGCGCAGACAUGGCAAGGCAAAAGGGACUGAAGAUUUCAUACUUCGAGAGACUUUUCAAGUCAAGGCCAUAUAGAAGCCUCAAUCCAAUGCUUAUCACACAAUUGGACCAGUAG